UUCAGAAAUGUCAAGAUAGAAAGUGGAAAUUCAAGGUUCUUUACUCGAUUUCCGCGCUAUUGAAAAUGUCUUUUUAGUGCGUUUUCUGUGGAGUACCCGAUGCUGCCUACCUCUUUUAAAAAAACAUACUUGACAUUUGGUUGACUAAAAGUGCUCACUUAUCAUAUAAUUGAAGUGUUUGCAAUUUAAAUCCGACGGGGUUUACUGAGGAUACUAGACUCUUAAACUGUAUUUGUCACCGUCUAGAAAGAAACCAUUAACACGUUGGGGCCAAAUUUCCAAACAAUAUGGGGAUUAUCUUGGUUAUAAGGCCUAUAAACUCAUGUUUCCACAUCAUGUGUGAAACCUAUGAUGUCGAGUGCAGAAGGACAAAGUAUGCGAAGACGUUGCCUGUAUGUGGCCUUGGGUAAUAUGUCAGGUAGCUGACGGUGUCAUAAAAGGUUUACUCAGAGCUUUUAGAUUGUGCUUUUUCCACAUAGCUCUUAGAUUACUGUUUGUUUCACCCUAGCUAGUCAAUAGUUAAAACUGCUGGCGUGUCUAUGUUGCAGUUUCAAACAGGCGUACAAGAUGUUCCCGAAAUACUUAUGAGUAAUGUAUUGAUUCAGGCUCUUGUCAUGGGGUAUUAGCCAACUGCUGGUAAAUCAAUUGAUGUACGAUGGGGUGAAGAGUUUAUUUUUUAACUAUAAGUGUGUGCAGAAACAUGGAUAUCAUUUUUAAAUAGUACAUCUUACCAAUACUGUUAUCAUCCUCAAUGAUGUCAAAUAAUCCUAACCAGUGAAUGGAAACCAAGAGAUUAUUAGCUGAUUCUCAUCCUUAGAUGUACCAACGUUAAAUCUGUUUACUACUGAUAUGCAUAGUGUAACACAGUAAUGACUGAUGGGCCUUUUUGGAAUCAUUCAAACCUCCACGGAGCUCAGCUCAAGUUCCACAUUCCACGAUAUGCCUUGGUUCCCCCUGGGAUCAAUAAUAUCCGUCAAUCAUCUGUGGCUAUCGUUUGUUUGCCUUAAGAUUCUUUCUAUGGUUAGUUUCUAUCUGUGCAAUAUUUCUCAACCAAAUGCCCUAGUCUUCUGGCGGCUUAUUUCAAACAGGGCUGCAUAAAUAGUGCAACAUCAAAGCUGUUCUUUACUUUCUUGGAGGUUUCCUAUGGCUGUGGGUGGGCUAGGAAUAGCAGAUCACAAGGUACAAAGAACCAACCGAAAGAGCGCAAUUGAGCUUUCUGUUGUUGUCAGUUGGUGUUUGGGAUUCACUGAGCUCAUUAAAAUAGAUUGAUCAGGUACAAUUAUGACUCGGGGAUUGUGUACUUUAAUUUGUAAUGGCUUUGCUGCCCAGCAUUUUUUUAAAUUAAUUGAAUGUGAUAAUUUUGUGUGCUUGAACGAUCCACUUUGCUGGCAUCGGUUUUGUUGUAUUCAAAGCCAGUCCUUUUUUAAGUGUGCCUUUACAGACCUCAGUUGGUAUGAGAGAUGCUUUAACCACACACUCUCGCCAACCCAGUGCAGUUCAUCCGCUCUCAAUCUCCUGCGGAGGGUGUUUAUGGAUUUAAUGACCCCAGCGGAUUUAGUUCUUCAUUUGCAUCAACCAUGUUGUUCUACAUGACUUGCAUUUUUGGGAAUAUCAUCCAUUUGCACAGUAAAACUAUGCUACACGCACGCAAACGGACACACACACACACACGCACACACACACACACACACACACACACACACACACACACACACACACACACACACACACACACACACACACACACACACACACACACACACACACACACACACACACACACACACACGGGCAGCAGGGCAGGGAUUUCACAGGUACAGACAGUCUGUCUGCCAGGUCCCCCCCAUUCAUUCCGCCAUUCACCAGUGUGCAGCUGUCAGCUCCUGCUCCCCCAAGCAGAGCUGGCCACCACUUGGAGAUACGAGCUGUCAGGCCAUGCUGUGUCUUCCCAGCUGUAAAAAAAAAAAAGGCUGUUUCUCCAGAAGGAGACAGGUGUUUGCUACCCUUUAGGUAGCCUGGCUGUGACACAAGUCACAUAAAGCUACCUUUAUAAAAAAGGAAACGCAGAGGAGGACCCUGCGGUCGGUCAGGCGGUAAUGAAUGCUGCCUGGCAUAGGGUCCAGAUCAGGUGUUUGUGACUUGGGCUGCGUCUGGAUGCCUGACAGAACAAGGGAUUGGCUUGCAGGGCUUAGUUCGCCAGUCUGCUGCUGCGUGGUAUUUAGUCAGCUCACAGGGAUUGUGUUAUACUGUCCCUGAGGAGCCCAAGGCCACUCUUUGUAUUAGCUUGCCAUGUUAUUUAGUUUUUUUUUUUGCAUGGUUUUGCAUGUUAGCCGGCAGGUCCAAUUAAGACCUCUCCCCCCCCCCGCCACCACCACCACCACCCACAAACAGAAGAGAAACCUUGCUUGCUGUUGCUGGAAAGUGCGUAAUCAGCAAAGCAGAGAGGGCCUCGAGCAAGGGAGCGCCUGCAGCCCACGUUACCCAAGCCACCAUGUUUAGCUCGGGGCUAAUCAGAGGAUAAUCUCAGUCUCCUGGUGAUUUCCAGCAGAACAGCAGCAGCACACGGAGGCACACGCAGACGCAGGAGAGGUGCGGUGCUCUCCUAUAGGCCCCUGCCUCCGCAUCUCUGUAUGCGAUCAGGGCUGUCGGGGCGCACCAGGGACAGCAGCGGGGGUUGUUUACGCAUCUCUCCAUCUCCCAGGAACAGCGGUGAAGCCGGCUAGAUAUUGUCAUCUGUUUAUGGCACCAGAUAAGGCCACUUCAAUCCGAUCAGUGGCCCUCCCCGGACCUAGCCCUCUGUAAUAAGACGCAGGCCGGGGCGAGUCACAUAUUACUCCGAGCAAUCCUCACACGCCAUCAGCAGGUCUCGGGUUAUUGCGUGUUUUCUUUCUUUCUUCUUUCUUUUUUUUUUCUCCGUGCUCUGACGUCCAUGCCAACCGUACACAGCACAGGGCACCCAGGGUAAGAUGACUCUGCGACCAAGUGGCUGCUGCUGUUGCUGCCGUGGUCUGGUCAGCGCGGGGAGGAGGAAUACCACAGUGAAGUGUCAGGAGAGCCAGGGGCCGUAUCGAGUGGCGGGAUUGGAUGGAGAGAGCUUUGAGAGUGUCAUCGCUGGCACGGGAGCCCGAUGAGGCUAAGCUUCUGGAGGAUUAGAGCACGAGGAGAUGUAAAAUGCUGUUGGCUAAUUGGGCUUUAUUUUUAACAUUUCAAACGGUUUACGUUUAAGGCUAAAUUGGCAAAGGAUUUAGAAAUCUGCUGUAGUCAGGGGAGAGCCACUCUGGAAACUAGGCUACGAGUAGGCGAUAUAAUCUAGCGGGUAACAUAGAUAUGAUUGUUCAUGCGCCCGAUCCGUAGUACUAUUUUAAGCUAAAGGGUUUGCCUUUACCUUUUUUUUUUUUAAUGCGUGACAUUUAACUCAAUUGUGAGCCCAUUUCCCUAUUUCACAACAAAAGAGGCCAUCCAACAAUCCCUCUCAAAGUUCACCCUCAUUUCCAAACCCAACCCAAGUCAAUCCACCAUGCAGAAAUAAUGUUACAAAACCCACUUUCUUGUGACUUCUUCUCUCCCCCCCCGCCCCGCUAUAACAACACCACAAUACGUUGCCUUUUGGGUGCUGGCAUGGCUGCCACAUGAUCUAAUGUGAUCAGAAUCUCCUAUUCCUCAAAAGGCUUCCUGCUCACAGCUAGAGCCCCUCGUUCGUAACACAACACCACAUCUCUACCUUUUGUCGCUUUCAGCUGACUCUAGGUGAGGGGGGGGUCAGACAUCUUGCUCAAGGAUGCCUGCGGGCAGUCUGUCGCCAUCGGGGUUGGAACCUGGCCACGUUUGCGCCGGGGAGUCAGAACACCACUGCUAUGCGGUGUCACGUUGCCCAGGGAUGGAGGAGGAGGAGGAGGAGGCGGCGCUCGGGAGGGAUCACGAGGGCAGGCGGUCAUCGCCAUGGUGCCCUGCCGUGUCGGCCUCUUGUUUUAUCAUCAGCUGCAGCACUUCUCAAGGCCCCAGUGUGUGGGUGUGUUGCUUUCUGUGCACACUGCGUACUGGAGGAGGGGGCACCGCUUAAAUGGGAGCCUUUAUAACUUCCUAACCCUCCGGCCCUGUUAGCAGCCAUUGUUGAGCAUGGUGAAUGGUAUCUCCGUGCCUUGAAAAGUAGCCAGAUGACAUUCUUCCUGUUGUUGGAAAGAGCCUGCGGGAUGUGUUUUUGAAAAGCAUUUGAAAGGAUAGGCGAAGGCUGUGACCUUCACCGGCUAAUCUCUGGCACGCCAUUCAACGCUCGUUUGAAGCAAAUCCAGGCUUUCUUUUUCUCUUACUGAUAGGAGCCGCAGCGUUCUUUUUAAGUUCAUGCCGUAUCAGGGCAGGCCACUGUUCCCUUUCCUUGAACCACUACUCGAAAGAAGCCAGAAGGUCUUUUUUUUUCUUUUUUUUCUCUCUGUUUGCAACUGAGCUGAAUUGUUAUUCUGGCCAAGCAGUGCGUUUGACACCUACGUUGUCCAAACAUUUCUCCGGCCUGUGACUGAGCCCUCUGUACAUAGACCUGUGGGCUUCUACAGCACCUAUGCACCGCAUGCUCAAACACUUGGACGAAAUACAUUUAGAGGGCUGUACAAGAAAACCAAAGCUGUGGUGGGGAUUUUGUCGCGGUCCGUCCAGCCUGGGUUGUUUACGUCUCCUCCGCUUAAAUGUGUUUUGUAGUACAGAGCUGCCUGCGUUUCCUGGAAUGUGUGUGGAUUCAGCCUCUUUCUCUGUGCGGGGAUGUUGGCCGUAAUCACAGUUCAUAGUUCCACCUGGUAGGCGGACUGGACUAGGCGAACACCGGACUGUGAGGAGAAGUGCGUGUCCCAUGUUGCAUUAGUGUCUAUGUGAAAUGCUGGCCUGUCUGCCAGGGCCAGGUGACCUCUCCCUCCAGCUUCUCCCCCACACGCAGAUGAACACUGGACCUCAGAAAUGGGACACCACACAGAGGAUGAGAUCCGCCCCGUUCCCCACCCCGGCAGAACUGGACGCCUUUGCUAAGAAGGCGGCCCACCAGCCUCUCACCAUCAAGAUCUUCCCCAACAGCGUCAAGGUGCCGCAGAGGAACCACGUGAGGCGCACCGUCAACGGGCUGGACACGUCGGGCCAGCGCUACAGCCCCUACCCGCCCUCCCAGGCCCGCAGCGGCCUGCUGGCCGUGGUGCGGCCCCCCGCGGCCCGGGGCCCCGCGGCCCGCGGCGUGCUCAAGGACUCGGACGGCAGCCGCGCCCGCCUGCAUCCCGACGCCGCCGGCCCCGCCGGCCCCUACGCGGGGGCCCCGUCCAGCACUUUAAACCACCACCUCCAUCAACACCACCCCCACCCCCACCCCCCGCAGCAGCAGCAGCAGCAGCACCACCCCCACCCUCAGCAGGGCCCCCCGGCCCAGGCCCACCCGCAGACCCUGGAGGCGCUGUCCCAGAGCCUGGGGCUCCGCCACCCCGCCCCCCCCAUGGCCCCGCACCACCCCCAGGGCCUGGCCCGACCUCUGGCCGAGCCCUCCGGUCUGGGCCCCCCUCAGGGCCACGCCGCCGCCGCUGCCCCCGCCCUCAUGCUCCACCCUCAGCAGCAGCAGCACCUCCUCCUCCAGCAGCAGGCGCUGGCGCCCGGCGGCCCCCCGGGCGCCCGGAAGCCCCCCGAGGGCGAGGCGCCGCCCAACGUCACCGUCUCUACCUCAACCAUCCCGCUGUCCAUGGCGGCGGGCCCCCACCACCACGGGCCCCAGGCGGACCUGAGCGCCAUCGUGCACCAGAUCAGCCAGUUCUGCCAGGCGCGGGCGCACGGCGCCGGCGCCACGGCGGUGUGCGAGGGGCAGAUCGCCAACCCCAGCCCCAUCAGCCGCAACCUGCUCAUCAACGCCUGCUCCCGGGUGUCGGUGCACGGCCUCCACCCCGGGUACCCCCCGCCGCCCGAGCAGGCCAGCGGGCCGGCCCCCCACCACCAACACCCCCACCACCACCCCCACCCCCACCAUCACCACCACCCCCACCACCACCCCCCCCAGGACGUGGCGGCCAUGAACCACCUGGCGGCGGCGUAUCACCACGGCGACAUGAAGCCCCACCCCCUCCAGCUGCACAUGCACGGCCAGCAGACUCACCCCCACGGCGGGGCGCAGCAGCAGCAGCAGCAGCAGCAGCAGCUGCAGCAGCAGCAGCAGCAGCAGCUGAAGCUGCGCGCCUGGAACCAGCAUCCAUUGGCCCACAUGCCCCACAUGCAGAACGUGCCGAGCCACCCCUGCUCGCUGGCCGGCCGCGACCCGGGCUUCCCCUGCAAGGGCCUGGGCUACCCCCAUCCCGAGGUGUGCGUGGGCCAGCCUUACAGCCUGAAACCCCCCAUGGAGAGGCCCACGCCCUCGCCGCCGGUCCUCCACAACAACAACAACAACAACAACAGCAACGGCAUGGCCUGUCACAUGACCCACUACGGCAACGCCCACUACUUCCAGCCCAGCAUGUGGAACAGCAGCAUCCUGCCCACGCCCAACAGCGACAGCUCCGGCUCCCAGGACAUGGGCCUGCCCUUCCACUCCUCCUCCUCCUCCUCCUCCACCAACAACACCACCACCACCACCACCACCGUGCUUGACUGCGGCCCCCAAGGGGGGGGCCAUUACCGGCUGGGGACGGGGACGGCCCCUGCCGCCCAGACUAAUCUGAUGCAAACGGCCGAUUACUUGGGCGGGGAUUUCCAGACGCCCUACUUACGUGAUCACAAUCUGGGCCUGAUGGGCAAGAUGCACAGGCCCCCCCUGAGCCGAGUGGGCCCGGAGCUGGGCGACGGCUGCUCCAUGCUCCUCCAACAUCCAGGGUACAGAUAAGCUAUCGCCUUGUCGACUCAAGCUAGGAAAGAAAGCCCUUUUUGUUUAGUCUUAAAGGAAAAAGGGGUUGGGUAAGCAGUGGAAAAUGAAACUAAAUUCAUAACUUAAACUAUGAUUGCUAAUAUUGUAAAACAGGAUGCAUAUAUUUAAGGAAAAGCGUUAGUUUAUUAUUUUUUUUUAAUUAAUCUUGCAAGUGAUCAAUUGUUUUUCGUUUUUUUUUCUUUGUAGCGAGCGAGUGCUUUUUAUCCAGGCAUUCUAGGGGGCCACGGAUCCCUGAGCGUGCGUGCGUGUGCGUGAGCCUGUGCACGUGCUUGUUGUCAUUCCUAGCGUCCCGACCGUAUCAUCAUAACGUGUCCGUCGGCGCACGUGGAUCCUCAGUUAUUCCCGUGACCGAACCUCUGCUAAAGUGUUGUUCAAUGAGGCCCUCGCGUCAGAUCGUAGACCUCCUCGUCGGCUCCAACGCUCUUGUUUGUGUUAGCAGGGUCAUGUCAGGAAUCCUCCCCCCCGCAACCUCCCAAAGUAUUCAUCUCAGUUCACACUCGAAUCUCGCCGAGACUUCAAGAUGAAACGGAUUCUUAACGGCUGCGACUACUGACUUUGUUUUUUUUUGGGGGGGGGGGGGGGGUUGUUUUUGGUGCAAAUGCCAAACAUCAAGACACUACAAAGAUAGAACUGGGGAGGCUAGCUGUAUGCACAUUUACAGAGUGUUUGGAUCUUUAUUUCUUUUGUAUGUUUAUUUAUUUUGUCUAAUAGGACUGUUGCUGAAUCAGGUCACUGAUCAAAGUUCAUUAUUCCUCUCUUGUCAGCUACGAGAACGUGUGUAAUCAGGUUGUUUGUACAUAGUCUAGACACAGCAGGGGGGGGGGCAAACGUGUGGACACACUUUAGCUCCGUCCUGCUCAAAAUGCUGCACGCAAUUCAGGUGUCGGUCUUCGUGUUAUUGAUUUUAUUUAUUAUUUUUUUUCCUAGUUUUCGUCUCGUCUUUCUGUUUGUCGGUUUAACGUGGAGGUUUGGCGACACGAUUGUGAAAGGCUUUCUCUCAGUACUGAUUAAAGUAAAGAAAUGACUAACUGACAUCUUAAAUGGCCAAAGUCAGGUCAACGGUGACAUGUUGUUCUGAAGACGUGCCAUCUCUUUGCAGAUUGUUUUUUCUCGUAUAUUAAAAAGAAAUGUUCUACUUGAAUAGAGACCGGGUUGUCGACGGCGACCGUGAUGAGCUGGAGGAACGUUUGCACGUCGCUCUUUAGCAAUUAAACCAUGAACCAAACCACAGUUUCAACCACGAUUUUGUUGGAAACCACAGCAGUAAAUGUGAUUAAGUUAUGACUAGUUUGCUACUGAUUGGUUUUUCUUGAGAAAAGACCAAAUUGAUCACUUGCAAGAUCACUUGGAGGUGAGAGAGAGAGAGCGAGAGAAAGGGAGAGAGAGCGAGAGAGAGAGAGAGAGAGAGAGGGAGGGGAAGGAUUUCUGAGUCAAAGUGAAACAGCAAAUGGAUUGUUCGCUUUAUUGUACACUGGCUUACCUACUAGACUACUGUAACUUCUGUAAUGAUUGAACAUAUAACGUGUGUGUGUGUGUGUGUGUGUGUGUGUGUGUGUGUGUGUGUGUGUGUGUGUGUGUGUGUGUGUGUGUGUGUGUGUGGUUGCCCUCCCUCGACAGCCCUUAUAAAGCCUUAAGUAUUUGGUCCUUGGACUUUCCUUUGAAAAACUAAGCAUGGUUUAAAUAAAUAAAGUAAAAAAAAAAACAAGAAAACAAUAAUUUAAAAAAUGAAGGCAAUGAUGCACAGAAGCAGCAGUUUUGCGGUUUUCCAUCGGUUGUUUUUAUUUUUAAUGAAGUUUAUGUUGAAUAGAGGGAACAAUUACUUAGAGAUUCUUUCUUAUGGAAAGCAAGAAAUUGAGUAAUAUUUUGUAAUUAUAUAUUUUAGAGCAAUGUGUAGUUACUGGGCUGUAACUCCUCCCUUUUUUUUUCUUUUUUUUUUUCUUCACCCGACUUUCAAAGCUUGAGUUUGAAAUUGUGACUAUUUAUAAUACUUGAUUCGCUUGUUAUUUAAAUCUUAUUUUCCUCUUGGUUUCUUGUACUAUUGCUGUGAAUUGGAAGGAGGUCCGGCAGCCUUCCCGGAGUCAUGCUGUAGGGCCGGCGAGAAGCAAGGGUGUGCGAGUUGUGCUAGUCUUUUUGUAAUAUUGUAAUAAUAAAAUAAAGUUCUAAUUUAUGGUU